AUCCUGUGUGAGAUCACCGUCAAACAGUAAAGAAGCUGACUUGUUUUGAUCUGUCAAAAAAAUCAGGCAACGGUGCUCGUUCCUCCGAGCAAAUGACAGCGACGUUGUGACCAAGUUGUCGGUGUAAAUUGGUUUGUUACCGACGAACACAACGGUUUCAUCGUGCACUCGGUUUGUUACGGUGUCUAUCUUGUUGUCGGAUAGUGCUUUACAUUAGCUAGCAGGCUAACCAGCUGAUCGCUAACUAGCCCAUUAGUCACCUAGUAAACUAAGUUAACAUCAGCUGACAGCGUACUGGCAGCUCACGGUAGGUCGACGGAAGGGCGUGUGUGUGUAACCAUGUUACCGUUCGAUAUUUCCUACUGCCCCACAGUUAAACCCGCGUAAUUGGCGUGUAUAACUUGUGAGGUUCUCCCCCGACUUUAAGCCGCUGGCCGCGUCUCCGCACGAAGUGACCGUUAGCGGUGCCUUGAAUUCACAACAGCUAAACAGUUGCGAGAAGGCGUUUCAUGAAGCCCGCACGGCUCCACCAUGUCUGAGGAAAGAAAGCCGAGUCCGGCGGGAGGACUCGCUAAACCGUCACAGCGUCCCCGUCGAGAGACCUACACGAGUUCGAGCUACUUCCGCAGCCUGCGGGACGGCCUGCAGGACCUGCGGCACAGCGGCAUCCUGUUCGACGUGGUGCUGCUGGUGGAGGGUCGACCCAUCCCCGCCCACCGGAUACUCCUGGCAGCCUCUUGCGAUUACUUUAGGGGCAUGUUUGCUGGAGGCCUUCGCGAAACACAGCAAAAAGAGAUCCAGAUUCACGGAGUGUCUUACAUGGCCAUGACAAAAAUAAUUGACUACAUCUACACUUCAGAGAUUGAGUUGGACUUGGAGUGUGUGCAGGACGUCCUAAACGCCGCCACGCUAGUACAGCUUGAGAUUGUUAUCAGCUUUUGCUGUGAUUUCCUGUCCGACUGGCUGGACGAGAGCAACAUUCUAGAGGUCCAUAACCUAGCUGAUCUCUACGGACUGCAAAACCUCAAUGCCAUGGUCCACUCCUACAUCCUCGACAAAAUACAGACUUUGUCUUGCACCGAUGUGUACCGACAACUCCCCCCGGACAUCGUGUUCAGCGCGCUGAGCAGCGAGCGGCUUCAGGUGGAGAGCGAGAAUGAGGUGUACGAGGCGGCUCUGCACUACCACUACACUCCUGAGCAGGUGGAAACUGACCAGGUGUACUUGCAGGUCAGUGCCAAGGACAAUCUCAAGAUGCUCAAUGCGGUGCGAUUCUGCCUGAUGGACAAACAAGUGUUGCAGAGGCUGAAUGGCAGACUGAGCCAGUGUCCACUCAAGGACUCGGUCUCAGCCGCCCUGCGGUACCAUGAGCAGGAGAUCUGGCAGCCCGUCCUGCAAAGUCCUCUCACCCAGCCAAGGUCCAACCUCCGAUACGUUUUGGGCUUCGGGGGAAUGUUCACCUCCCGUUCCCUCACAGACACCAAGCAUUUGCUCCAGGUGUUCCACCCGAGCUGGGGGCAGUGGAGGACGCUCGCCGCAGCCAACACCCCCCGGAUGUCCAACCAGGGUAUAGCCGUGCUCAACAAUUUUGUUUAUCUAAUUGGAGGAGACAAGAACAACAGUGGGUUUCGUGCAGAGUCGUGCUGCUGGAGAUACGACCCUCGUCACAACAGCUGGUGCUCCAUCCAGCCCCUCCAGCAGCAGCAUGCGGACCACUGUGUUUGUGUCAUGGGCGGACACAUUUAUGCCAUUGGAGGACGGGACUACAGCAAUGAACUGGAGUCAGUGGAGCGCUACGACCCACACACCAACAUGUGGGAGUUUGUAUCCCCUCUGAAGAGAGAGGUUUUCGCCCACGCUGGAGCAGUGUUGGAUGAGAAGAUGUACAUAACAUGCGGCCGCAGAGGAAUGGCGUACCUCAAGGAGACCUACUGUUUCGACCCUGUGGACAAUCACUGGACCGCUUGUUCCGAGGGACCGGUGGAGCGAGCGUGGCACGGCAUGGCUGCUGUUAAUGGAUGCCUCUACGUUAUUGGUGGAAGCAAUGAUGAGCGUGGAUAUCGCCGUGACGUCCUCAAGGUGGCAUGCUUUAGCCCUGAAGCCGACUCUUGGUCUUUACUGACCCCACUUCCUGCUGGACACGGCGAGCCUGGCAUGGCCGUGCUGGACGGCAGCAUCUACGUCCUGGGAGGACGCUCUCACGACAGAGGCAACAGGAUGAAAUACGUCCACGUGUACAACACCGACGCAGACGAGUGGGAGACGGAGGCGGAGUUCAAGGAGCGCGUCUCCGGCCUGGCGGCCUGCGUGGUGCUCAUGCCCCAUGCUGUGAUCGCCCAGGCCAGCUGCGAGGAGCCCACCAAGGCCUCAUGUGGAGAAGUGGACAUGGACAACUCGGAAGACUCGAGUGAGGAUUGAAGCGGCCGUGUUGAAGUUGAGAUCGGAGCUGUCGUGCACUUUUUCCACGGGGCCUGUCGGAGCAGCUGGAGGGUAUUAUUUGGGAAGCACCGUGUCCUCUUUGCACGUUGAUCACUUUGAGUGCCUCCAAAAACCAAAGCGUCAUCUUCCAACGUUGCACACUUUUUUUGUUGUUGUUACUGAUAAGAUUAUCUAGGAAGAUAUUUAAACACUGCACAGGAAACCUUGCUGAAAUGCUUGUUUGUUACGGAUCCCUCGUUACUAAAUGUCAGUGUGGCAUUGCCUAUCAUAGAGAGAACCUCUAUGUCUUUAAGUGGCAUAAAGCAGUGAAGACUGCUGACUGCCACUCUGUGACCUACGGUUGACAGGAUCUUAUUAAAAUUUCCAAUAAUGUUUUACCAUUGUGCCUUGUUUUUGUGAUUACAUCAUAAACCUGUCCUGAUAAGUAUAUUUAAUGUUAUGUUUUUGUGUAUUCUGCAGAGGGAAAUGAGAUUUUACCUGAAUGAAGAAGUGUGUUGCUGCCCUCACCAGCUCAAAAUAAGUUGCCAUGUCUGUAUUUGACUUAUAAAUUUCAAGUCUGGAUUUUCUUUGGGAAGGAACCCAAA